AUGAUUUCCGGCGUCCUCAUCUUUAAUCAGAAAGGCGAGAACCUCAUCUUCCGCGCUUUUCGCAAUGACUGCCGGCCCCGCCUAGCCGACGUCUUCCGCAUCCAAGUCAUUUCCAAUGCUCAAGUUCGAUCGCCCAUCUUGACCCUGGGGAGCACCACCUUUAGUCAUGUCAAGCACGAAAAUAUCUAUCUGGUGGCCAUCACCAAGAGCAACGCCAAUGCUGCAUUGGUAUUCGAAUUUUUGUACCGACUGAUCCAGCUGGGAAAGGGAUAUUUCGGCAAGUUUGACGAAGAAGCUGUCAAGAACAACUUUGUGCUGGUCUACGAGUUACUCGACGAAAUUAUUGACUUCGGCUACCCACAAAAUACCGAGACAGACACGCUCAAAAUGUAUAUUACCACAGAAGGCGUCAAAUCCGAGGCGCGACCAGAAGAUACCUCCAAGAUUACCAUGCAAGCAACUGGUGCCCUGUCAUGGAGAAAGGCAGAUGUCAAAUACAGAAAGAACGAAGCAUUUGUCGACGUCAUCGAAGAUGUCAACCUCCUCAUGUCUGCUACCGGCGCAGUUCUGAGAGCUGAUGUGAACGGUCAGAUUGUCAUGCGGGCCUAUCUGUCCGGCACACCAGAGUGCAAGUUUGGCCUCAACGAUAGGCUAUUACUUGAUAACGACGGUUUGCUUACGCUGCCCAGCGGAAACCGGAUGGGCACAAAGGCGACAAAAGCCGCAGCUGGCAGUGUCUCGCUCGAAGAUUGCCAGUUCCAUCAGUGCGUCAAGUUGGGAAAGUUUGAUACCGAUAGAAUUAUCAGUUUUGUACCUCCAGAUGGCGAGUUCGAGUUGAUGCGCUAUCGCGCCACAGAGAACGUAAACCUCCCAUUCAAGGUUCAUGCCAUUGUCAACGAGGUUGGGCGAACCAAGGUCGAGUACAGCAUAGGCGUCAAGGCGAACUUUGGCUCUAAACUGUUUGCCACCAAUGUCGUUGUACGGAUACCGACGCCUUUGAAUACGGCCAAGAUUGUUGAGAGGGUAACACAAGGCAAGGCGAAGUAUGAGCCUAGUGAAAACUGCAUUGUCUGGAAGAUUGGUCGAUUUACAGGCCAGAGUGAGUAUGUGCUUAGUGCUGAAGCUCUCUUGACGAGUAUGACGAAUCAGCGAGCUUGGAGUCGGCCACCACUCAGCAUGAACUUUAGCCUCCUCAUGUUCACGAGCUCGGGGCUAUUGGUGCGUUAUCUCAAGGUCUUUGAGAAGAGCAACUAUUCCAGUGUGAAAUGGGUGCGAUAUAUGACCAGGGCAGGCUCAUACGAAAUUCGAUUUUGA